GCUACUGAUGUAUUUUAAAUUGCAAAAAAGUUGAAAAUAAAGCAGAAAGGUAAAACUUUAUAAUGCCCCUAAGUCACUGCAGUAUUUGGUGAAUAUUUUAAAUCAUUCAUGCACAAAAGCCGUGAUUCAUGUCCAAAGUUAUCAACUGUCUUAUUCAUGAAAGCUACAAAGUAUUUAAAAUAUACGCAAAGCUGGAUAUAAAGCGAUGAAAUUUUUACUUUAUGACUGCAUAAUGCGUAUUCUUUGUAUUGAAUAUUCUCCCGCUGCUGAACGGUAUUUGUGACAUUUUCGACAGCUUUCGGACGUGACUAAAUGUCAAAUUUUAUGUGACAAAGGACAUUUUAUUUUCCACAAAAGUGCACGGAAGUUAUUUUCUUCUCCGCCGCAAAAAACUCGCAUCACAACCGGCGAUAUGGAUGGGUAGUGGCCCGCAAAUCUCCAAGAAGGGCUUUUAACUGAGCUCCAAUGGCGAGCAGGGGCCAGAGCUGCGACGAAUUCAACGGAUGGCUGUUCUGGCGUCACGAGUUGCCCACUGUCCAGGACGAAGAAUUCGCAGCCGCGCAGUCUGCCCCUAGCAGCAUGGCUUCCCGCGGCAACCAAGGCGCGUGCGCCGUGCCCCGUUCCCUUGGCAACGGCGCGGGCCCCACAUACUCACACGGAGCCCCCACCCGCGCUCACAAUGGAUUCGACUCCGGAAAAUGUUUCGGGAAAAUCGAUCCCGGGGAAUACUACUACGAGUGUCCCCGAAACGGCGAGGAAUGCUCCCCCGAUGAUGGCAAUGUUUACGAUGUUGGGAAUUUCGGGAGGCCGGAGUGGGUCUGCAGCGAUGGUGAAGCUGACGAGCACGUGAAUUCGACUCCCAACAGCAUGGGGAAUCUCAGCAGUCAACCCGGUGACAAGAAGACGAAGGGGUCGUCCAAGGAUGGCGAUUCGAAAACAGGAGCUGCCAAGUUCCGCUUCGGGAAAGGAGAACCGAAGCACAAGAAUGCGGCUUCGAAGAAACCGCAGACAGAUUUCGAUGUCUGUUCGCAAAAGAAACGAAGGUCCUCCGCCGAAGUGGCAAUCAUCGAAUCAACCCCGAGUCCCGGGAGUUCAAUGUCAAGUUCUGUUUAUGUGGAUACGCAUAGCCACUUGCCAACACCUGUGGAAGGUAACGAAGACGACUCGGUUUUGGAAAGUGAUUCCCAACUCCUGGACGAUGGUACUGCCACUCUUCAAGACGCUUCUCCUGGCAGCUUGAGUGAUAUCACGGUUUUCUGCGACGAAAAUAAGCAAGAUGUCAUGACCAGUGUCCUCAGAAGGCCAGGAGCUACCUCACAGUCCCUACCUGGAACACCCGACACGCUUUUGGAAUCCCAUUUUUCGAACAUGGGGUUCCCUACUGUUUAUGAGGCUCGAUACCGCAGUCACACCGAAACAGAAUCAUCUUCUUACAGUAGUGGUGGCCGCGAACUGAGCACCAGUUCCUCCAGCAGCAGUAUGGACAUCCAUGACUUGAGCAAUUUCCCACACAGACAGCGGGGCUCUUUGGACGCUAGCGGUCCUCCAUCAACACUUCCUUUCACGUUGACUCAACAUCGGAAAGUUGUUCUGCCUCCCCACAAGUUCGCGGGUCCUCCUCCUACAUCGGGGGGCGUACCGAAUGGAAAAGCGGUCAUAUCCGGCUCCGAGGAAUGUUUGAGACCAGCGAAUCUGUAUGGGAACAAUGUGGAACAACAUCAUUCCUCGCCUUCACGAAGACAUUCUUCUUACGGUGAUGUUCCUCCCUUAGAUGGAAAUGUUCUAAGAAAAGUUGCCUCGUUGACAUUGGAUAAAGCGACUAUCGAUUCCAAAGUGAAUAGGCCGAAGUUUGUGCCCGAAAAAUUGGAUUUUAGCCUGUAUGAAAAGUUUGAAGGCCAAAUGCUGAUUCACUGGCUGUGCUCGGCUUUCCCUGAUGACCACUAUCUACGAUUCCUGCUAUCUAAGCAGGAUCUGAAAAUCUUGGCCGCUCAAUUCUGCACCAACCUAUUAGCUGCUGGCGUUUUAAGGCAGAUUGAAGAUGAAAAUGCACCUUUAGCCAAUUUAUUCAGACCUGACCUGAUGUAUUACUGGACACAUUCUGAACCUCAAACUUCCAGUGCCCCUCCACCUGGUAAACUUUCCCCAACUGUUUGGCCUAGUCCAACUAUUCAUGAAGUACCAGAGCACAGGUCGAAUCAACUCUACACUGAAGCUGAAAUCCAAGCCAUGUUGAUGAAUGUGAAGAAAGACCACCGAGAAGCAGUUGAUAGAAUCCAGAAAGAAAGAGAGAUUGCUCUUUUCAAUCUAAGAGGUGAGCAAGCCUCAAAGAUGAAUGAGUAUGAGAAGAAAGUUGCACGACUUGAACGGGAAGUUGAUAAGUACCAAACCCUUGCAGCUAUCGAAGAACUUACCAGAAAAGCCAAAAGAGAUUUGGACGCAAGCCCUUUGUCUCCUUCUUGUGAUAUUAAAUCAUUCCUAUCUUCAACAACUCAGAUAUCAGAAACAUUAAUACCUCGUUCACGUUAUUGCCAAACUGAACCCUUCUACUUAAACUCAGCAUCAGUGCAAACAGAUGCUCCAGAACUCAUAGACACUGCUUCAUCUCCAGUCAAAGAGUUGCUAUAUGCUCUCAGCCAAAAAUCUGUUAAACCUCUUGUUCAAACUGUAUCACCACUUCCACAGUCAUCAGCAGAAAAUAGUAGCUCAACUCAAGCAGUUGUUAAGCCUAUGCUGUCAGACAGCAGCCUCACGCCCACUCCUGAGGCGGUUUCUGGUUCUUCUAUUCCACAAUUUUCAGAUGUACCCUUUCAAAAUUCAUCCCCAAUUCCUCCUCCUCCUCCUCCACCACCACCACCUAAUACAUUUCCUAGUGCAAUAUUACCUCCAACACUGAGUCAAGGAAUACCCACUCUACCUCCAAUUUCAUCCAAUUCAAUACCACCACCACCUCCUCCUCCACCACCACCAUCAUCACUUUUUUCUGUACAGCCUCCAAUAUUAUCUGGUAUAAGACCUCCUCCACCACUUCCACCUAUAGCUGGUAUUCCACCACCACCUCCUCCUCCACCACCACCAUGUGGUGGUAUUCCACCUCCUCCUCCUCUUCCUCCACCAUGUGGUGGAAGUCCUCGUCCUCCACCACCACCUCCAUGUGGUGUAAAUUUUCUUCCUCCUCCUCCCCCACCUCUACCAGGUUUUGGUAGUUCACAGCCUCCUCCUCCACCUCCUCCACCUGGAAUGUCUCUUCAAACAAGUGGAAGGUCUCCAUCAAGCAAUGUUCCUAUUUCUCCAUCACCUUUACCUCCACCUCCUCCUGGAGGUUGGUAUGGUGCAUACCAAACAGCUCGAAAACCACCUGUAAGCCCAAAAGUUCCAAUGAAGCCUCUGUAUUGGACUCGAAUUCAGGUGCAAGAACCUGUAGAGCCUGUUCCUGAAAGUAAAAACUGUCUAUGGCAGAAACUAGAAGAAACUGUUCCUGGUGAUAUAGAUGAAUUUGCUGAGCUCUUUUCACGACAAACUAAAGAGAAAAAACCACCAUCUAAGAACAAAACCACCAAAGACAAAUCGAAAGAAGUAGCUAAGCUUUUAGACCAAAAACGUUCACAGAAUGUUGGAAUACUCAUAUCAAGUCUUCGGAUAGAAAUAUCUGACGUUGAGAAUGCUGUGUACAAUUUUGAUACUUCAUCUCUUGAUCUGGAUGCUCUGCAAGCGAUUUAUGAAAUUCGCCCAAAUGCUGAAGAGUUGCAGCUCAUUAAAUCUCACCUGGAUAAGAAGAAUGACAUUCCUUUAGACAAGCCUGAACAAUUCCUCUACGACUUAGCCCAAAUUCCCGAAUACGCUGAUCGAGUGUCUUGCAUCAUGUUCACCUCUGCCUUUACAGAAGCAAUAUCAUUAAUAGAAAACAGAUUGAAUAAUUUGAAACUAACUUGUGAGUUUCUAAUGACUGAUGCUGAUAUUCAGAAAGUUUUUGGCAUUAUUCUAGCUCUUGGAAAUUAUAUGAAUGGGGGUAAUAGAAACAGAGGACAAGCUGAUGGAUUUGGCUUAGAAAUUCUUCCUAAAUUAAAAGAUGUCAAAAGCAAGGACAAUUCUUUGACACUUCUUCAUUAUAUUGUGAGGACGUAUGUAAAGCUUUAUCAGGAAGAUUUGUCUUUCGAUAAAGCUAAAUUGCCUGUUCCUGAACCAAGUGAUGCAGAGAGAGCAAGUCUUGUUAAUUUUGAUGACAUUUCCAAUGAUCUUAAAAAGCUGUAUUCACAGAUUACAGGUUGUGAAGCAAAAGUAGAAAAAGUAUUGAACUCCUCUGAUGAAGAGCAUCAACAGCCAUUUAAAGAUAAAAUGGAUGCAUUUUUAAAAAAAGCUUAUGCAGAACACAAAGAACAAGAAGAAAAUUUGGAGGAGUGCAGAUUAAAAUUCAAUGAAAUAAUGUUGUUCUUCAGCUGGAAAGCUAAGUCAGGGAACCCUUCAGAGUGGACACAAGAAUUUUUUAGUUACUGGAAAGCAUUCUGCAAUGAUUUCAAAGAUAUCUGGAAAAAAGAAAUUCAUCGGAAAGCCAAAGAGGAACUUGAAGCUGCAAGGAAGAAACUUCAAGAAAUUCAAGAGGAGAAACGAGCUAGUAUAGUUAAAGUCAAAGAUAAGCCUUUUGGUUUAAAAGCAAAAUUAGCUAAGAAAGGAAUGAUUCUCAAAGAUUUAGCUCCAGAAUCUUGAAAAUUCCAGAAUAAUCUUGUAGAUACCCUAUCAUGAAGUGCCUACAUUUUGUUGUCCAUUCCUAUAUCACCAAGAUCAGCU